CCAUGGAGACAGCUAGGUCAAACUUUCGGCGACUAUGACUGAAUAGUUUUCUCUUGGAGAAUUAACUCUUCUUCUUCUUUCAACCCAGUUGUUAUUGUUGUGGGCAGAAGUCAAGAUGUCUUUGUCUAAGAUUCAGAGCCUCAGACUGGCAGCUGUACUGGAGGACUGUUCAGACCAGCUGGACAUACUGGGACACACUCUAAGAGUCCCAGCCGGCAGAGAACAAGGCACCGCAGCAGUUCAGGAGAGAGCCCGACUGACCAAGCUGAGGAGAGACUGUCAGUACACGCAGCAGGUGGUUUACAAGCUGCACGUGGAGCUUGAGCAGAGGCAGAGUUUCACCUCGUUGCUGCUGCAGGAGGAGCUGGAGGAGACGAGGAGGAGAGGAAGAGAGGAGGAGCAGAGGAAGAAAGAAGAAACGAUACAAAGGGAGGAAGAGAGGGAGCUGGAGCAGCGAAAACAACACCUACAGAGACAACAAGAAGAGCUCCAAGAGAGCACCAAGAAAUUGAAGGUCUUGGAGGACUUGUACCGACAGCAGUCAUUAGAGGCAGAUUACACAAAGAUCAUGGAGAAAUACACUGAGCUGCAGCUCCAACAGACACAGAAGGACAUGAACCGGGCUGAGGAGCAUCUAGAGGAGCAGCUGAGGCUGCUGCAGAAACAGCUGGACGAGGAGGCCAGAGUUCACAAGGAGUCAGAGAAAUUCCUGCAGAAUCAGCACGAGCACUUGCAGCAGGAGCUGCUGCAGUCGCAGCAGCGCACAAAGCUGAUGCUGCAAGAGAAGGAGGAGCAGCUGAACAGUGUGCGCCGCAGAAGAACAGUGAAUAUGGACAAACUGUCAGAGAUGAGGAGGAAGUUUGCAGAGAUGGAGCAGGUGGUGAUGGAGGACAGGGAGGAGCAGGAAAAACUGAACCAAAAGCAGGCGGAGGCUGGAGCUGCUACCAUGCUGCAGGCCUGGUGGAGAGGCUGCAUGGUCCGUAAAGGCCUUGGGAGUUUUGAAAAAGCAGAGAAGACAAAGAAAGGCAAGAAGAGCAAGGAAGGAAAGAAGAAGAAGAAGAAGAAGAAAUAAUGAGGCUUUUUGCUCACACAACUUCUUAUAAUUUAAACUUGUUUUAAUUAAAAUUUCAAACAUUUAAAUAGUUACAAAAGCAUACAAAAACGAAUCUUUUCUAAUAAUUCAGAAACAAUCAAGAAAACAAUCAACACAAGUUUUUCAUUAUAUUCCUUCAUGAAUUUUCACCAUCCUAUGACAACAGACACAAUGGUAGCAUAUCGAUCUGUGUGCAGUAUAACCUGAACUCAAAAAGGUAAAACACAUGUUUCAUAAGAUACUUAUAAAUAAUACAAAACAUAAUAAUAAAAAGCAAUGAAAAGGAAUUCAGACAAUAAAAACUACUAAGUAGUUUACUGUAAAAUGACCAUUGGCCAUACUUAAACACCUUUAUCUUUACUUGAUGAGGAUUUCAGUCACAGAUGCACAGUAUUUCAGUCCUGCUGAUCUGCACAUUUACACAGUUUACAAUCCAUGCAUUCUACAGCCACUAACUACAUUACACACAGAUCAAAUACUUACAAACAGAUGAGUCACUACAACGUGGUCACAGCUUUGUGGGAAAUUUUCCCCACUACUCCCAAGUUAAUGUCCUCAUCAUGUCUGACGCAGGAGCAAAAGAUCUGGCAUUACAAAACACGGAGGGACUUGUUUUACAAAAGAAAAAAAGCUUGGUGAGCUGACACUGGUUAAAAAAACAACAACAACAACAACUGAAAUGACCUCUGGCCAUGUUUUCCACAUUAGUCAUGAUGCAUGGUGAGGUUCUGUAGCUGCUCUUGAGUCAUUUCAAACCACAGCAAAGAUGGCCCUAUAAACCAAUACACUGGUGUCACUUCAAAUGAUAAGCCACUUAUCUGUUCACAGAAAAUCUAUCAGCAGUACAAUUUCUUCAGCUUUUUACUGCUGUCCAAGAUUUUAUAGACACAUUAGAGGUCAAUAAGGUAUAAGGAAAACAGUUGUCAGUAGUCAGUGGUUAGAAAAUAAACAACUACACAAAAAAAGGGUCAGGAGAAUAACUCAUGAUGUUUCCCCUCAUAAUGAGUCUUUUAUCUUCACAAACAUCCCAUGUUUUCAGAUAGUGAAGUGUGCGUUCUUGUAUGUGUAGCUUUGUGGAGACCAAAAGAAACGUUUAAACCAUAGGGAGUGAAGACAUGUUGGGUUAAGGAUAUAGUUUUAUAGGGAACGCAUUAGGUCUAUAAGGGUCCUCACUACGACUGCCGUGCAAAAAUCAAGUCUCCAUGACUUAAAAUCCUGCUUUUUAAGGUGAAGACAUGUUUUAAGAUAAGGAUGAGGUUAAGGGUUAGGAU